UUUAUUUUUAGUCUUACUGAUGAAUGUUUUAAAUGCCACUGAAAGAAGAAUAUUUGUGGCAUUUAUUUAUUUAUUGCUGUGUCUCCUAAAGUUCAUUUGGAGACAUACCCUAGAUAAGCAAGUGGAGCUUGACAUUUUCAGGAAGUGACACUUGGAGAACCAAAACCAAGAAAUUGUGGCUGGUUUAAAUCAUCUGAGAAAGACUCAGUGUUUCUGUUGGUCCAACAGAUCUGUUCAGUGUCACAGUCUGAAUUGAGCCUGAAAAGCUGUUUCCUAUUUAAGUUAUGGAGCUAAAAAUAGCAUCACGAAAUCUCAAAUAUGAGAUUUGAAAAAAACGUUUAAAAUAAAUUCAGCCUUUGACUUUUUGAAUUGUGUGAGUAAUUUAAAACUAAAGGAUUGGUGCAAAAAUAAUUGAACAAAUGAUUUAUUCUUUACCAUUUUUUUAAAUUAAUUUUAGAGAAAAUUGUUGGAGCCCAAAUUGUUUUAAGCAAUUAAAAAUUAGGAAGGGUACCAGGUUGUUAUUAUUUUUUCCCCUAACCUGACUAAUUAGAAUCACGUGUCCACGCAGAAUCAGGCCCCAGGUACAGUCUGUGGGUGGAGACAGGAGCACGUCGAUGAUGGAACCAGCAGACGUCCCCACCUCUCCACUUUUCUUUCGCCUCACUUUUUCCGUUCAGUGUUGAAAGGGGAGCACUGAGGGUCAGAUAACUGUUGAGUGUUCUUCGCGCCAUGUCCUUCUGUCAGACUGGAGUGGACAAUGAAGUUAUGGGAUAGCCUGACCACUUGUUUGAUUCUGCUGAGUGCGGUGGGCGCGAGCCCGCUGCGCGCGGCGGAGAGCGCUCCAGAGCACGCGCCGGUUCAGAUCCGAUUAUCUGUGGUUUCUUCGGGAUUCUUCAUCGCAGAAACAGUCGAAAGAGAAACUCUACAGAGAGGAGCAAAAGGCACCGUCAUGAAGGAGCCCCAUCCAGGCAACUUUGAAGAUGUUAUGGACUUCAUUAAAGUCACAAUCAGUAGAAUACGCCGCUCCUCUUCAUCUGGCAGGCCUUCCUCCACCUCCUCUCCCUUUGCCCCGACAGGAAAAACAAGGACUCGACACAGAAGGGAAAGGAAGAAGGGGGCAAAGGAUAAGAAAGUGAAAGAAGGACGAGUAACGGAGGAUGUGGGAAGGAGGAGCAGAGGGAAAGGUGGCAGGGGACAAGGACAGGGCUGUGUCCUCAAACAGAUCCAUCUAAAUGUGACAGACCUGGGUCUGGGCUAUCACUCCAGUGAGGAGAUGAUAUUCAGGUACUGCUCUGGGCCCUGCAAAAAGUCCUACACCAACUACGACAAAAUCCUUUUGAACCUCAUUCGCAACAGGAACAUUCCUCUCAAAGACACACCCCUGCAAGCUUGCUGUCGACCAAUAGCGUUUGACGAUGACCUCUCCUUUCUGGACGACAGCCUCGUUUACCACACUGUGAGGAAGCACUCUGCUAGAAAAUGUGGCUGUGUGUGAGGAGGAGGCCUUGUCUCCAGCUUUUGUAUACUUUAAAGUUUUAAGCUUCAUUUAUUUUUUAAAUAUUUCAUUCUUUUGAGAGCCUGCAAGAGUGCUAAAUCUUUGAAACAUACAGGUGGUUUGAUCAGUUUUGCCCCAAAGCCUAUUAACCUAAAGCUCAUUUCUUCAGUCUUAAGUGAGGCUUAAAGUUGAGUCUUUAGGGUUUCUGGAGAUCUCACGAAAAUCUCGACAAGAACCAAAAUGAUUGGGUCGUUAAUUCACUUUGUGUAAGGGUAUUUAUGAACUGUCAGUUUAUUAACUUAUUGAUAUUUAUUUUAUUUUAUAAAGCUAUUAUUGUUGUAAAGUUUUAUUUUAAAAGUAAAGACAAGUGUAGGUCAGAUUAAGAGCCUAGAAAACGGCUAAGAUCACCCAAUUUUAACAGUUGUGUUUUAAACCUAUCUUCCCAAACCACUGAGGUGCAGCACUUCUACUAACGUAAGUAUGUGAACUGCUUCUUAUUGUAUUUCGAAAACUAUAAACAAUCUUGAUCACUCCAACAGAGACAGUUGUUGCUGUUCUAUAACAUAAGAGGUUACAGGGAUGUAGACGACCAACUGUCAUAUUUACAAAGUACUUAUUUAUAUAUUUCAUAAAUCAGUAUAACAGAUAGCUCCAGGGAUGACACCAUUAUUGGUUUCUUUACUAAAGUAGUUUGAAAGGUUUGUUUUUUACUUGAAUUCUCCAUUAUGUGUGAAAACAGCAAAAUGAUUUAAAGCAAACUGUCUUCACUGCAUUUGAUUUAAGUGUGGCAGACUUUCAAGGGGGAAAUAGAUCAUCAAACUAACUAACUCUUAUGAUCAUAAUACUCUGAUCAAAUGUCUCAUCUGUUUGGCUCCUUGCUUUGACGUCCACAGACCUUGAACAUCUGUUGCGACUGUAGUCGAGUGCUGUUCCCACGUGGGUGGUGCGAGAGGGGCUAAAUAUGUUCAGGUGGAGGAUAAUUGUCAAAGCAACAGCUUUGGAAAUCCAGGUUUCAUUGACCUGCAGCCUUUCCCCGUAUGCGUUCUGCUGCUUGUCAAUGAAGUUGAGAGGAAGUGAAGACCUACAGUUUUCAAAUGGUUUUGCAAACUUUUUCUUUUGUUUUAGUUUUUUUAAGGGUGCCAUACAAAUUGGCUAAAACAUUUUAUUUUCAUGUCUGGAGGCCACAUUUUUAUUCACACAAAGCAACUUUCAUGUCUUUAUACAUUAAAGCCAGUUUUAUGUCA